AUGACAAGCCUGAGUGAGACUAAAAAGGGUCCUAUUUACGACCCAGGUUUCUGUAGAUGCUGUGGCGAAAUGAAGAAAUGUCGACUAUUAAAUGUGGAAUAUGAUCACAAGGGCCAAAAAGAGAUUUACUCCGAUUUAUUUGUGGAUUGUUUUGGUCUUUUAUUGUCUCAACUGGAUGGUGAUCCCAAAGAACGUCUGAUUUGUGCAAUGUGUGUAUCACGAUUGCGGGAAGCAAAUAGUUUUCGGAUACAGGUACUUAAGUGUGAAGAGAGGCUGCUUACUUUAAGGCUUAAUGAUUGUCAUGAUCUAAAACUUGAUAUAAAAGAGGAAGUAAAUGAAAUUACUCCGGAUGAUGAUGCAGUUGUAGAUGAUAGCUAUGAUAUAGAACCAGAAGUUCCUGUGAAGAAGAAAAAAAAGUCUCAAAAAGAAAAGACAUAA